AAAGAUGGCUGCGUUCAGUGGUGUUCAACGUGUUUGACUAUACCUCAGUGGUCUGAGACUAUACUAAAGCAACUUUUCGCCACUUUGAGAGGAUCGUUGCAGUCAUGGGAAGAACUGCAAGAAAGAAGAGAGAAAAAAGAAAAGACUUUCAGAAAGUAAAAUUGAGAGUUGGUAAAAAGAAACAGCCUGCAGUCAAUGCUACUAAUGUGAAUUUUCGAAGUCAGGCGAUUCACAUCAAGGAACAACUGAAAACAGAUUCAUCACAACCAACAAAUCGAAGGAAACAAACAGUGCAGGAGCUCUUCAGUCACCUUAAUCAUUACAAUUCUUCAAUAAGGCAGGAUUCUUUACUCGGCUUGAAGGAUUUAUUCGUUCAGCAUCCGCAACAAAUAUCAAAUCAUCUCUCAAACGUUCUGGAGCAUGUCUCAAGUUUAUUUACUGACUCUGAACAUGAUGUUAGAAGGACAGCUAUUGGUCUGUUGCAGUAUAUAUUUCCUCAUCUGUCAGCCAAUCAGGUGUCUCCAUUCUUUGGCAUCUUGAACUCUCACCUCUGCUGUGCGAUGACACAUAUCUUUGAGGAUAUUCGAUUUGAUUCGUUGAAAGUGCUCGAUUUGGUUCUACAGUAUUUCCCGGAGUUGGUCACCAAGCAUAGUAAUCAGCUUGUACCUAACUUUGUGAACCAGAUUUCCAAAUCAUCUGGAGCUGCAAAGUCGUCCCGGAUACUCACAGUUAAUCCAUCCAGUAAAUUAUCUUCACAGAAAUGGAGACGAAAGGUUCUUCAGAGACUAUAUCAGUUUCUGAAAGCAUUGUUAGAGUCCCAGAACAAAACAACAUCACUCAACAAUAAAGCUGGGCAAUGUAUCGUGAAAUGGGACAACAUGAAGUCUGUACAUGUACAAGUAUUCUCAGCUCCAGAACCAAAGAGUACUCCUAUCUUCACGCUGAGAUCAACAUCACGAUUGGGUAAAUCUACGGAAGAUGAAUAUUUAUCCCGGCCAGAAGAACUUUUAGGAUUUAUCAGAAAUCUUGUACCAAUUCUACUGCAGAUAUGGGUAGAAGCUAAUCCUGAAAACCAGUUGUCUUUUGAAUCUAUGGAGACAUUUUAUGGAAUUCUUUCAAUUCUUCAGUUGCUAUGGAGACAAAUGUCUGACAUAUCAACCUCAGAGGAUGGCUGCAUGGAUAAAUUAUUAUCAUCGCACAUCAAAGACUUCCACCAUCACCUCAUGACCUGCUUUCCGUAUGCUUCCCAUGAACCUUUGCAAACUAGAAAGCCACAGAAGGUUCAAUCAGUGACAGGUGUGGCACUGAAUCUGUGCGUGUGUGAGGUGAUGUCCUAUUUCAUAACAGAGGGAAAUUCCAAAGAGAAAUGGGUCAAGAGUUUGGUGGACUAUGUCUGCGGGAUCCUGAGGGAACAAAAGCAGAUUUUGAUGGAAAAUCUUCAGACGAUUCUGCAGUUUAUACGAAGACUAUUGAAUGUACUUAAAAAUACUGAUAUCCUGGGAAAGUUAGUAAAGUCACUAUACAGUUAUUACAAAGUGUGUCAUUUAUUGUCACAGAAUAAAAGAUUGGUUAUUGAGUUCUUCAGUAGUCUGGUUAUACAUAACGUCUAUGGUUAUAAAAUAACUGAAAGGUUUGCUGUUAUCAGUAAAUGGUUACAGGGUCUACCACAGUUACUGUUAAAUAUCAAAACUCACUGUCGAUCAACGACCACAGAAAUAUUACAUGUAAUGAGUGUAACUGCAUCACAACGAAAUGAACAAUUGAUGGUAUGCCUGCAGGAGAACGUCAGACAAAUUGUUGAUCCUGGACAGGGAGUGUUGCUUCUUCUACCGACUGAAAAUCAAAGACAGAUCAUAGAACUUUUGUACCAUGUGCCAAAUAUCACCUUAGAAACAUUUAUUUUUUUGGCAGAUUGUUGCCAUGACAACAGAUUGAGUUCAGAAAAUGUGGCAUAUUUGUUACAGAUACUUUUUUUUCGAUAUCAGAAUGCAACAUCCAACAUGAAGGCCAUGAAUAUCGAACCAAUAGCAUUUGAUAAUGUAGAUUAUCUGAGAUUUCUAUUCUCAGUACUCUUAGGUAGGUCUCCUCAUAAAGCUGUGUGUGGUUGUCUUGCCAUGCUGUCAAGUAAAGACCAAGUUUGGGAAAUCUUUCAAACUGCAGUGCAAAACUAUUUGAGUAAGGUUACUCACCUUCCCAUUCCCACACUAAGUGCAGUAUUGCUCUCGAUACUCCAUUUGUAUCCUGGCAACACAGAUGCAUCACUUAGCAACAGAGAGCUAACAGAUGCAAUAGUGAUGUGCUGUUUGGCAGCAUUGUAUCACACAUCACAAGUUUACAGGUCUGGUUGCUAUACUGAAGACAGUUGGGUUAUGAACCUAGUUGCUAUGGUAACUGGUGUUAUGGUAACACUGAAUGAAAUAUGGGAAUCGUUUCCACACUAUCUGAAUUCAGUGCUUGAUGAUUCCCUGUCAGAAGAUAAUUUAAGAGGAAUCGCUUUGAUAAUUAUAAAACUACUACAAACUACAGAACUGAAUUCUAGAGUUAAAGAAUCAGAAGAAAUUAUGCAAAGUAUUAUCGAGAGCAUUAUAGUGAAAGGUUAUGUUGGAUCACCUGGUGUAAUAUCCACCUUGGCUGAUAUAUCAGUGGAACCAUGGUACGAUGCAGUGGAACCUUGGUACGAUGCAGUGGAACCACGGUACUAUGCAGUGGAACCACGGUACUAUGCAGUGGAACCAUGGUACGAUGCAGUGGAACCAUGGUACAAUGCAGUGGAACCAAGGUAUGAGGCAGUGGAACCAUGGUACAAUGCAGUGGAACCAAGGUAUGAUGCAGUGAAACCACGGUAUGAUGCAGUGGAACCACGGUACGAUGCAGUGGAACCAUGGUACGAUGCAGUGGAACCACGGUACUAUGCAGUGGAACCAUGGUAUGAUGUAGUGGAACCAUGGUAUGAUGCAGUGGAACCACGGUACGAUGCAGUGAAACCACGAAUCACAGACAUUCAGAAACUAACAGUCAAUGGAUAA